AUGAGGAGCCGUCUCCAGCCAAAUCGCCCGAGGUCACACUCGUUCAGUCACGACCCUCACGACCCCCUGCUCGUCUUCACCCAACCGCCGGAGGACGAAACCCCGGAGGAAAGAGAGCUCAGGCUUCGGGCAGAACACGCGGCAAAGAUGCGCAGCGAGGCAAUCGACGAAGAGCUCCGAGCAGAGAGGGUUCAACGGAAGAAGAGGCGGGAGGUCAAGGUCCUCCUCUUGGGCCAGAGCGAGAGCGGCAAGAGCACGACACUAAAACAGUUCCAGCUCUUGCACACGCCAGAGACCUUCCACGCUGAGCGGAUUGCAUGGCGUUCCGUAAUUUAUCUUAAUUUAGUACGGUCCAUUCACCAGAACGGUCUCCAGAACGGGCUCUCCGAUGAGGUCGACGUCGAUUCUAUAGACGCCGCGUCCGUGAUCAUCUCCGCGGAGCCUCGCUCGCCGUCGUCUCUUUCGUUCAGCCCCAUCCCCAACUUCGAAAGGUACCGACGGCGACUGAGCCCGUUACUGGAACUCGAAACGAAGCUUAUCCACCAGUUAUCCUCGCCGGAUGACGAUGACGAUGGGGAGGCUACGCGACUUGACCCGCCUCCCGUCGCCUCCUCAUCACAGCAGCAAGUGGUAUUUCCACCUUGGAACAACGCCGAUGCAAAUCACUCGAGCCCGCACCUCAGCGCCGCGAUGAGCGGUCUCACCAUCAACACCGCGGUGGCCGCCAACGGGCGCCCCUCUCCACCGCUGAGCCCCUCGCCUUCCACUCCCCGCUCCGAGUUGACGCUACACAGCACAAGCACCUGGCGAAAGGCGCUGUCUUUGGGCGGGCGCAUGCUUCGAGGGCCGCAGAAUCCCCAGAACGAUUACUCGAACGAGGUUCGUGGGUGGUGGGAAGAUCCGGACGAUCCCGUGCAUAUUCUCAACGCAUGUUCGGUGACUAUGGUCGAGCUUUGGCAGGAUCCCAACGUGAGGAGGCGGCUGCAAGAGCGAAGACUUCGGCUCGAAGAAAGUAGCGGAUUCUACCUCGAUGACAUUCACCGGAUUACGGCGAAACGAUACAUACCGUCCGACGACGACGUUCUUAAAGCGCGUUUGAAGACGGUUGGCGUCACUGAACACUGUUUCACGCUCAAGCCUUCCGAUGUCGGGCACGGGUUCAACUCUACCCUUGACUGGAAGAUCUACGACGUCGGGGGUGCACGACACCAACGACAGGCGUGGGCGCCGUACUUCACGGAUGUGAACGCAAUCAUCUUCUUGGCGCCGAUUUCGGCCUUCGAUCAAGUGCUGAGCGAGGACCCUACAGUCAACCGCCUCGAAGACUCGUUCCUCCUGUGGAAAGCUGUCGUAGCAAACAAGUUGAUGCAGAACGUCAACAUCAUAUUAUUCCUGAACAAGUGCGACCUUCUGCAGAAGAAACUCGCCUCCGGAGUAAAGCUGUCAAGGUACAUGUCGGGAUAUGGGAAUAGGCCAAACGACUACGAAUCCGUUGCAAGGCAUUUUAAGCAGAAAUUCUACGCAAUACAUCAAUCCUUUUCGCCGAACAAGGAACGGGAUCUUUUCAUCUCUUUAACAUCCGUCAUCGACACCCGGAGAACACGGCUAAUCAUUCAUCAAGUGCGGGACAACAUCCUGAAGGCCAACCUAAAGCAUUCGCAUUUCGUAUAG